GACGUCACCGAGAGCAGCUCGGGCGGCGAGACGGACGUCGAGGAGGAGGAGCUGACCAAAGUGGACAUUGAGCAGCGGCACAUCCCUCUGUGGAGGAGGGCAGAAGGAAGAUAUGCCGUGGAGAGGGCCUCCAUUGUGAGUCACUGGAACUGGCUGCAGGCUCACAUUUCCGACCUGGAGUAUCGGAUCCGUCAGCAAACUGAUAUCUACAGGCAGAUCCGUGCAAACAAGGGCAUGAUAGUCCUGGGAGACUCCGCCCCCUGUGACAUCACCGCCGAGGAUGGUCUGGAGGUGAAACUGGAGCCCUCCGCCUGCAGCCACCUCAUACAGGACAACCGCACUUCGGACGCGUCGGAGAGCCUGGCCCCUCCACACAGCCCCCCUGUCGACGGCGCCCCGCGGAAGGCCUGCGCCCCUGCCCGGCCCGUCAAUGGAGUCAUCAACAGUCUCCACCGCGGCCUGCCCGACGCGGGGUCGCCCGACAGCUCCGACACGGAGGAGCUGACGGGCAAAAAGCAGCGCCUGAACCCGCUCCCCUCGCCUGCCGACAGCACGUGUGUGGCCGCGCGGACACGCCCCGUCCUCACCUACAAGAAGCGGCGGCUCGUCAGGCCCAGUGCCGUCGCCAACCUGAACCGUAAGGUCCAGCGGAGCGCGGGGCCGCGCUGCAGCUGUGACGUCAAUCCGCAGUGCGUCAUCUGCGGCAGCCGCGUGUCGCCGUCCCCGGAGGUCCAGUACGAAGCCCCGCUGCUGGAAAGACUGUCCCUGUUCGACCCCUGUGUCCACCCCAUCCUCUCCUUCUCCGAUGAUGUGUCCAUGAACCUGCACUUCCAGAGGGUGAUGAAGUCGCACUGGCAGAACAAACCUCUGGAGAAAAUCAAGCCCCUUAAGAAGCUCUCCCUAAAACACAAAAUAUCCCUGUCCGGUCGCCUACCGGACUCCACUUCCAAAGACAAACACAAGCUGACAAACUCCCUGCUUGCAAGGCUUUCGCACCACAAGGUCCGACCCGACAAGCUUCACCGGCAGCAGCAGCAGCAGCUGGACGAGCUGCUGAGCAUGUCGAAGCUGGAGAGGACGCCCGCGGAGCGCGCCCCGGCCCUCACCCCCACCGCCUACGACAAAAGCAGCCACAGCAGGAAGAGGCAGCGAGAGCACUCCAUCGAGAGGACGGACACAACUCCCAAGAUUUUCCUGGACACAGGAAGCCCGUGCUCCACCUCCCUGGCGAGCCUGCACACCCCUGCCCACAGUCCCUUGAUGAGGCAGCUGUCCACCUCCUCGGAGAGCUCCACACCCCUUGCUCCCAACAGUCAGAGUGCCAGCAGUACCCCACAGCCAGUGCGAAGGCGAAGAGGCGAGAGUUCCUUCGACAUCAACAACAUCGUGAUUCCAAUGUCUGUCGCGGCCACAACUCGAGUCGAGAAGCUCCAGUACAAAGAAAUCCUGACGCCCAGUUGGAGAGAAGUGGAUAUUUGUGCACAGCCAAUAGCCGAGGAGGAUGAUAGUGUUGAGAUCGAAGACCUGUCGGACGCGGCGUUCUCGCAGUUGCACUUGAAGUGCGAGGAGCAGGAGCGCUCGCGGUGGACCUGGACAGCCAGCGCUCCCGCCAAGAGACGGGGAAGCAGGUCUUACAAGUCGUCGGACGGAAGGACGACCCCCCUGCUGGGCGGCACGAACCCCCCGACCCCACAGCCCGCCUCCCCCGACACGGCGCACUUCCAGGCGCUGCAGGACUUCGGGCCCCUGCCCUCCCCGCGCAGCCCCGCCAGCCCCGACCUCCUGUCCAACCCCCACACCCCCGGCUCCCGGGACUCCCACCGGCCGCCCGCCAGCGAGGACACCCGCUGCUCCACGCCCGACUUCAGCUUCGAGGAGCUGACGGUCCAGCCGUGGGAGAGGCGGAACUUCCCCCUGCCGUGCGACCCGCCGACGGAGCCCGACGACCCCGGCGACCCGGCCGACCGGCCCCCCCGGGGGGUCCGCAGGAUCUCCGGCAGCAGGUCGGAGAACGGGCCGGCCCCGGGCCCGGCCUCGCCCCUCUCCGAAGACGGCAAGCAGAGGCCCCCCGCGGCGCUCCGCGUGGCCCACCGAUGAAUGAAGCGCGAGGACUUUUUUCGGCAUUAAAAAAAAGAGAGAUCCUGUUGUUUGAUAUUCAAACACAGUCAAAUUUUUUCACAGUUUUUAGUGAACAUACAGAAAUUUAGAACCUGUUUUUAAACUUGUUUUUGUCACAGGAAAAAAAAAGAAUAAACCAUUACAAAUUAGGUUGAAGGUAAAAUACAAUGAGGAUUCGGGGUACAGCAUCCUUCUAAUGUGGUAGGCAUACACUUCUAGCACACUAUGUAGCAGACUAUGGGCUCAGCCGAUGUCAUGGAAAAGGGGUAUUUUCUAUUGAUUAGCUGAUGUCUGUGACCCCAUGUUAGUUUAAAGUGGAGUGACAGAUGCUUUUUUUUACCCAGAUUAACGCAAGCUUGUCACAUUGUUUCCUUUUAAGAGAACUUCGCGUUCGAAUUGGACGUCCUUCUCUGUUGUGGCGUAUAAAUCAGUGUUUCAGUCCCCCUGGAGCGUGUGCUGCGCUGGGGUUGAGGGAUGGGCCGUGGUUUGGGAGAGUGCCUGUUUCCGAGUCCUGAAGCUCAGAGGCUUCUCCAGCGCCCAGCUGUCCUGUACGUCAGCGGUUCCUGUUUCUUUCCAAUAAAGUAAAUAUUUCUGUUGACCCGGAGGGUUGUGUUCUGUGGCGAUGUCGUCUUUGUGGCUCUGCCCAUCGCAUUUCUCACACCAGCUGUGACGAGACACGGCAUGCAGCGCCGAGUCUGGGCUUGUCCGGUCGGAAGAUCCAGUAAGACUGCGGGUUGUGUUAGAAGCACUGACCUCUUUCCCGGGUUUCUGUAAUGAACACGUCGGCCUUCUCUGCGAAGCUCACACGAGCGUCUUUGACGUCGAGAUUUCAUACCAGCUCGGCCUUGUGGGAGGAGCCGGGCGAAAGGAACGGGUCAGCGGCGCGCUUACAGGUUGUGUUUGCGGUGUACAGGCGUUUCGGAUGUCUCGUUGGCAUUGCCCUCCAGGGUGGUGAGAAAUUCAGAAAGAGAAUCGUCUUAAUUCUGUAGGGGAGCGAAGUGGAGAGACGCUUGUGUGGGAAAACUCGUGACUCUGCGGUCGUGUGUGGAAUAUUGUCCGGCGCGGAGCAGAGAAAUUCCGUUUUCUCUUCAAAAGGAAACAAACAUUCCAUCUGUAUCGGUUAGCGUUCCGUCUAAAACAGCACCCAGAUCUCAGGUGGCAAAUUUUAAGGGAAAAUCUUCAGUCACUCGAACUAUUGAUUUCCAGAUAUUUUUUUUCUUUUCAUGUUUUUACUAUUUAUUGCAAUCGCUUCGAUUGCAGGAGGAGACUACUCAGCUUAGCAAUUUUUUUGUCACCCUAAACGUUGUGUUGGUGUAACUGAUUCAGCAGUCUUAUGAAAGAACUAUUCCAUAUUUGAGUUGCAAAUUGCUAUGCAAUCCCAAUUUUGUUAAAUAUAUAUAUACAUAUAUAAAUAUAAAUAGUAGGUUAUAUUUUACGCAUCAGUUGUGAUUUUCAAUCUUGUAUCACUGUACUCUGUUUUUGUAGUAAAAGCAAGACAGGUUUCAAUGUACUAGUAUAAUUGUUGGAGCAGUUAUAACAGAAUCAGAUUGCGAAAUUGUUUUGUAAAUAGUACAAUUAAAACCAUUCAUGUUAAAACUACCUGAGUUCUGGGUUUGUGUUUUCUUGUUUUUUGCAUACUAAAUCACUCCACUGUAAACUGAGGACAAAAAUAAAAAAGCCAAAUUGUA